UGUGUACUACAUUGCUCCGAGACCCAAAGAUGCUCGGCGCGGGUCGUCGGUCUCGCGAGCCCACGAUCUGGCUUUAAUGGGCGAAUUACUUGAACCUGCGACCAUCAGCCCGUGUACGAUUCCUAUGGACCAUGACGCGAUCAUUUGUUUCAUGAUCGACCGACUUGCGCGAGCUCCAGAUGCAGAUGUUCACGUCCCGAGCGUGGGCAGCCCAAAGUAGCCUUCUCGCGGUGCAGAUGUCAAAUACUUGUAGUUGACUAUCGGUGGGGUAGUAUGGGGUCCGACGAGACCGCUACGGCGACUUCUGGGGGCCCUCGGGUAAUUGGCGUUUUUUACUGGAACGGGGUGCCAUCGGGCCCAAAUUACUUACUUUUUUCGGAUGUAGAUCGGCUCGUGAACUCCCUCCGGGAUAGGUCUGAGGUCGGGUAGUCGCCUGCACCGCAUGCGCCGGCGCUUGGAGCUCCCCAGAGAGCUCUGGAUCCAAAACUUGAGAGACUUGUAC